AUGGAGCCUAAGGCCCGCUCCUCGCAGCUAGCUGCGGGUCAGGAGAUGGGGGUGUCUUUCCUUCUCACCACCCAACCGGGUCCUGACCCCAGAGCCUGUGAAGCCCCGCGCCCGCACCAGAGUGCCUGUGUUUUGGUUUCUCACGCUCGCUGCUCCCAUCUUCAUCCACAUCCCCUCCACCGCCUCCCACCGACUCCGCUAAGUGGGCUUGCGGUGAGAGAGGGCUCGGUGGAGGGAGCGGUUUUUAGAGAAAGUUACAGAAUUCAAGCUACAGUCCAGCCUCUCAGCAGGUUCCAGGACCCAAAGGAGCAGGUGGCCCUGGUGAUUGCGGGCAUCCUUGGGGGACUGCUGCUACUGCUGCUGUUGAUGGUGGUGAGCCGGUGUCUCUGGAACAGGCUUUGCGCCACGUUCGCCUAUGAGGAGCUGUCAGGGACCACGGCUGCCUCCAGCACACAGGGACACAAGCUCUGCCCACCGGAUGCCAGGACCCAGGCGAGCAGGCCACCAGGUGUACCAUUCGUGGUGCCCCCUUCCCUCCAAAGCCAAGACUGGGUGCCCCUGAGCAGCAGAGAGUGGGCCCAGGCCCCACAGGACCCCUGCCCAGCCCUGGAGCUCCUGCCUCAUGCCACCCGCAGCAAUCUUGGUGAUCCUCCCAGCCCCUGUGUUGUAGGAGACGCAUGCGUGGUGGGGACCAUCAAUCCAGAGCUCUACAAGAUCCCGGAGGACAAAAGUGAGACCCACUUCCCUGAGGGCUGCCUGGGGCGGCUGUGGUUCUCUGUGGAAUACCAGCAGCGGGCCGAGCGACUGCUGGUGGGCCUGAUCAAGGCACAGCGGCUGCAAGCCCCCUCAGAGCCCUGUAGCCCCCUGGUGAAGCUCCACCUGCUACCGGAUGAGCGGCGCUUCCUCCAGUCCAAGACCAAACGCGGAACAACCAGCCCACAGUUCGACGAGCACUUCAUCUUUCAGGUGCCCAGCAAGAGUGUCACCCAGAGGGUGCUGAGGUUCUCGGUGUACCACGUGGACAGGCAGAGGAAGCACCAGCUCCUGGGCCAGGUGCUGUUCCCCCUGAAGACGGAGACCCUGGCGGGCGACUGUCGGCGCAUCAUCUGGAGAGACCUGGAGGCUGAGAGCCUGGAGCCUCCCUCCAAGUUUGGCGACCUCCAGUUCUGCCUCAGCUACAACGACUGCCUGAACCGCCUCACGGUGAUCGUGCUGCGAGCCAAGGGCCUCCGACUCCUCCAGGAUGACACGAGCUUUGUCAGUGUGCUUGUCAAGGUGUCUCUGAUGAACCACAACAAGUUCGUCAAGUGCAGGAAGACUUCGGCUGUGCUGGGCUCCGCCAACCCUGUGUACAGCGAGACCUUCAGCUUCAAGGCCGACCCUGCCGAGCUGGACACGGCGAGCCUCAGCCUGGCAGUGCUGCAGAGGGCCGACGGGGACAGGAGCUGCGAGUUGGGCCAGGUGGUGGUGGGCCCCUACCUGUACGCCCGAGGCAAAGAGCUGGAGCACUGGAACGAGAUGCUUAGCAAACCCGAGGAGCCGGUGAGGCGCUGGCACGCACUCUGCCGCACCACUGAGCCCUGGCCGCGGCGGGGACCUCGGGUCUGCUCCAGGAGCCCUAUCUCCCCACAGCCAGGCCUGACAGCCACAGGCCUGGACGCCGCAUCCAGCAUUCUCACUGGGCUGCAGGACCAGCCCGAGCCGGGGGAUCACGAGUGCCGAUGUGCGGGAGAGAAGAGACGACAAGAGAGCCCCUGCCAGGACAGUGUUGCAGCCGCUGGGUUACAUCUCACCAGCAUGAGAGGCCCUCCUGACUCAUUCCAUCCUUCUUUACCCGUGGGGCUGCCUGGGCUUGGAAUCCUGGCUCCUGGUCAUCCCAGUCUCGAAUUGGACCGGAAUCUCAGGCAUUGGGAAGAAAUACUCUCUAGAGUGAAAGCAUAACUGUGCACGUUGCAUGGAGUGCCAGGGAAACUUGGAAAACUGAUGAUGUGUUGAUGCUCAGCCUCCACUUUUUUCCUCUGUGGUUUCUCUGCCUUCUGCCUGGUGGAGAAAAUGAACUGCCCAAAGCGUUUAUCUCGGUUGGUCCACAAUAAAUAGCACAAUCUGAGAAA